AUGUCGGUGAAAGACGCUAUCAUGAGCCUCAUCGACGGCAGGAUUCGGCACGAGUGGCAAAGGUAUCAGGCCGAGCGCACCCCGAACGUCGGUGGCAUUCACUGGCAGAAGGCGGGCCCGAGGACCGGGGAGUCUCAAGACCAUCUCCGUAGAUUGCUGAGGAAAGCCGGAAGCAAGUUCGAAGGCGAGUUCGACGCUCUCAACCUCAGGAUAGAGGACCUGCAAGAAUCCAUCAAGCGCAUCCGGGAGUACCUCGUCCGGAGCGUGCGCGCCGUCCGCGUCAACAAGUUCGGAGAGGAGACGCAGGAGCUCCGCCUGAGGCUCCGGGGGGGAGGGGGGGAGCUUCGCCUCCCCCCCCCCUGCGGCUACAGCCUCGCAGAUUGCGUCUGCGGGGCGUCUUCAUCGCCUCCGCCGCCGGUACACGCCGGGAGCCUUGGGAAUGCGAUCGAGGCGGCAAGGAAAGCGGCGGCAGCCGCCGCGGCGGCGGCGCUUGAAGAUGAUGAGGAAGAAGAAGAAGGGUCGCCUCGCAAGAGAGGCUUCGACGGCGCCGCCGGUCCUACCACCAGCGGGGACUCCAAGAGACGGCGUGGCGAACGCGAGGGCAGCGGCGACGGGGGCGGAGGCGCCGGCCAACUUGGCGGGCGCGCCCCCGCAGCGGGUGCUAAUAGCGACGACGAGCCCUUGGACGAGCAGGUGGGGAAGAACGCGCUGGAGCUCGCGCGCCGUAGAGCCGCUCUCGGAGAGGAAGGGACUGGUGCGAGCGGCGUGGGCGGGAAGAGGUCGAGUGAUGGCGGCGGCGUGGUGUCGAGGGGGCGGGCGGCGUCCAGACAGCCGGCGGAAGACCCCGAACGCGCACACGACGACGACGGUGGUGAUGGUGUUUGGGGUGGGGUCGACGGGUGCGUUGGCGGUGGCGGGGCUCACGAAGAUGAUGAUGCGUGGGCGAACCGUGGGGACGGGGAAGAAGAAGAGGAAGAGGAAGAAGAAGAAGAAGACUGGCAAGACGCCCUCCUGGGCAUGCAACCGCACGAGCGGGCGGAGGCUUUCGAAGGACGAGAGAUGUUCGCGGAGGCCCUCAAGUGGCACAGGCAGGACCUGGAGGCCGCGCGCGCUUGCGUCGUGUCGGGGGAUGAGGAGGAGGAGCGGGAGUCGGUGCUCGACCUCGCUCGGGCGCUGCGGAACACCGGCCGCUGCCUGGGGAAGCUCGGCAACAGCGGGUACGCCGAGUCCAAGAAGUGCCUGACGGAAGCUCGCGAGCUCGUGGGCCAUGGCGGGCUGUACCCUUCCCCUCCCGAGGAGCAGGAUCUGGUGCUCGAGCUCGGGAACCUGAUGUACAGCCGGUACGUCCUCUGUGACGAGCAAGGAGUGCGCUUCCUGGCGGACGAGGCCCUCGAGGCCGCCCUCGAGUACUACCGGGAGUCUCGAGAGCUGUGCGUCGACCUCGUGGCCGACAGCGUCGAGGGGUACGCUAAAUCAUCGAACGGCGGGGUGUUCGAGUCCGCGACGGCGGCGGCGGCGGCGGCCGCCGCCGCGAGCGGUUGCUUGCUGAGAGCGGAGUACAACGUGGGCAUGUCGUUGUUCGAGCAGGAGAAACGCGGGGACGCUGAGGCGCACCUCUCGGCCGCCGUCAAGAUCUUCCGAGGCUUGUUCGCAUUUGGAGGAGGAGCUCAAGCUGGAUCCACCUUCCAGCCAGCCGGCGGCGGCGGCGAAGGAGAAGGAGCGGCCGCAAGUGUUGGGGCGGCGGCGGGGACGCCGGCGGCGGCUUCGACGUUAGACGCUUGGAAGGCGGCCGCGCGGAAGCAGGAAGGGCUGUCAGGUCUGGGAGGCGUUUACGCGUCUUCGCUGUAUCUCCUGGGGGAGUGCCUAGCGUCGUCGUGUGUGCCGUCCUCUGCUCUUGAAAGCGAUUCCCGGCAGGGGCGGCGAAGAAAUGCGGCGGAAACCCUGCAAGCCUCAGCGGAGGCGUUUCUUUACAUCGGAGACCACUCGGGAGCCCUUCCCCCCUUGCUGAGGCUGGUCGAAGUCCUGCGGCGGCGGCUGGCCGGCGGCGCCGGUCGUCAUCAUGGGGAGGAGGAUGAGGUCCACUGCCGCAGUCUCAUCCUGGGGGUGGAGGAGUUGUGUGAUCGGGCGUCCUCCGGGCUGCGGCUCCCGACCGAAGUCGACGCAAACGGCGAUGACCCCGACGAAGACAGGCUUCAGCUCGACCAGAUUCGGGAGGGAGUCGCGGGUCUUGUUCGUGCCGCGCGCGGGGGGGUAAGCGGCGAAGCAGAGGCUGCUGCUGCUGCUGCUACUGCUGCUGCUGCUGCUGCCGGCGCUGAGCGCACGGAGCGAGAGAAGCGCGAAGGCCGCGAGCCCGACGGGAGGGGCCGUGCGCACGCCUCAGAGGGGCAAACCAACUCACUGCAACAACAGCAGCAAGGACACGCCGCCGGCGAGGGUGCGGACGCGCCGCCGUCGAGCCCGGCGCCAUUCAGACGGGUGGGUCCGGUGCCGACCUCCGCGUUCGCGCAGCGUCGCAGGCGUGCGAGGGCCGCCAGAGGCGGCGGCGGCGGCGGCCGUAACGUCCUCGGAAAUUUCUCGAGGGACAGCAGCGCCUCGUCCUCGACCGUCACCACCGUCUCCUCGAGCAGGCAAAAACAAAAAUUCGGUGCGGCAGUAGGCGCCACCUGUGCCCAAGCGCCCCGAGGUGUCGGCGAAGGCGUGAUCGCCACGGGAGUGGGCGGCUUCGGUGGAUCGGCGGGGGGAGAAGGAUGGGCGGCUGGAGACGGGGGCGGAUCGUUCGCGGGGCUGAGGGCUGCGGUGGCGGCCCGAGACGGAACGGCGGCGGUAUCGGCCGCUGCGGAGGCGACAGCCCGCGGGGACGAGGUCGGAGGAAGAGACACGGCGCUCAGCAAGUACCUGGACAAGUGCGACCACCUCCAGGAGAAGCCCAAUCCCCUGGCGUGCACACGACUCGCCAAGGUCGAUCACCGCGGCCUUGACACGGCCCUCGCCGCCGCCACUGCCGCGGCGGCCGCCGUCGACCCCGCCAGUGACGGCGACAACAACCGCCGCCGCCGCCGCUCUCCACCCGCACCUCACCAAACGUUGGACCUUGGGGCUUGCCGCCUCACGGACCGGGAGCUUCGCGUACUGCUCCACGUGCUCUCGGGAGGGCGUGGUGGUGUUGGACCGGAUGCGGCGGUGGCGGCAGCGACCUCGGGGGGGGGGCAGGGCGCGCCGACGCCGCCCCCGCGUCUCGGCGCGCUGGUGCUGAACGGAAACCCGGGGAUCGGGGCCGGCGCGCUGAGGGAGCUCUGCGGCGGCAGAGGGGUUAAUGCUUCUCGCGACGGCAACGGCGGCAGCCUGUUCUCUUCCUUGCUGCGGUUGGAGCUGUCUGCGUGCCACCUGACCGCCGCCGACCUGGAAGGCUUUUCGUCGAGCGGCGCCAGACCCCCGCCCUCCGAACAGACCGCCGCCGCGACCGUGUGCUUGGAAGCGCUGGUAUUGCGGGACAACCCCCUGACCCGAUUGAGAGAACGGGGGCCCGUGGAUGGGGUCAACGACGACGACGACGCCUGGAUCGAGCCGGCACGGAAGGGCACGGCUGCGCUGCAGGACUUGAUCGCUCGGGCGCCUUCGCUUGACGUGUUGGACGUGUCCGGUUGCAGCCAGAUCCCAGAUGGCCCCGCGGGACGGUUGUAUAGCCCCCAAGUCUCCGACCUCCUCGCCUCCGCGCUACGCGCCGGCCUGGAAGCCAGAGUAGUUGCGGGCAAGCUCGCUGCCGCCAACGGCGCCGGCCGCGUUGCCGACGGGAGUAGCGGUGAUGGUGGAAACGAUGAACGGAGCGAGAGCGACGGCCGAGCGCAAGUAUCCACGCUUCGCAUGGGGAACAACCGCUUCUCCUGGGAGUCGUGGGUGGACGUGCUGGAGGUCCUCUCGUCAGCCCCCCCGCGGGAGCUGGACCUGUCGUUCGCGUCGGCGCUGCCUGGCCGCUCUGCCGCCACCGGCGAUGGUGUUGGCACCGCUACAGCGGCGGCGGUGGCCUUGACGCCGGUGGGUGGCGGCAACAACGACUCGCCGGGUGCCGUCACGCCACCGCUGCGGCCGGCGCCGCCCGCGCAAACGCUCGGCGAGCUGCUCGCGGCGACGGUUCUCCCGGCCGACGCCCCCGGUGUGGAAACCCUCAACCUGACCGGGUCCACGGGCCUACUUCUGCUCGAUGAUCGUCGGCGGCAGCAGCGGCGGGGGGUUGAGGGAGGUGUGGGGAUCGAAGACCCUUCUGAACCCCUUGCUUGUCUGUCUUCUUUGGGGAUGGAGGCGUUUGUGCUGCUCCUCCGGGACGCCCUCAUGUCCCCGCUGUGCGAGACGACGCACCUCUUGCUCUCGGGCGUCAGAGGGCCGCCACCGCCGCCGCCCGCCCGUAACAACGCCGACUGCAACUCCGCCGCUCCCGGCGGUGCACCGCCGUCGCCGCCACCCGCCGCCGUCUUCGGCCCUCGAGAUGCCAAGAGCCUGUGCGAGGCGGCCUCGGCUUGCGCGUCGUUGCGGUGCCUGGACCUCGCCGGGUGCGACCUUUCAGGCCCCGUCGGCGCCGCCGCCGCCGCGGCCGCGGUGUCGUGCCUGAUAAGCAAUGAUGAUGAAGACGAGGUUGGUUUAGGCAUGGCCGGCGGUGUUCUAAGGCGGCUCAGUCUGCGGGCGUGCGGGCUGGAGGCGGCCGGGUUGGCGGCGGUCGUGCGGGCUCUCGUCGCGGAGCCAGAAGGCGGUUUGGAGCCGGGGACACGGCGGAAGGGCCGCGUCCUGCCUAAGCUGCUAGACCUGUCAGACAACCGGCCUCUGGUUGGUGCGGCGGUCGGCACGGCACGUUGGGAGCAAGACCGGGGGCUGAGGGAGGCGGACUUGACGGAGCUGGCGGGGUUGCUUCGUGUGCUGGAACGGGAGUUCAUGGUUUCUGUGGCCGUGACCGGUGACCAAAGGCGCGCGUUCGGAAGGCCCCGGGUUUCCUCAGGCCGUGAGCCAGCAGCGCUAGUCGAUCUCUCUGGCAACGGCCUGGACCUUCUGCCUGAGAGACACCCCUGAGGCUCGUCUUAGAGACAAGAGAAGUGUGCCUCCUGCGCCGCGGAAUAGAGAAUGCGUACACUAAUACAAGUCGAGUCUAUUAGUUAUUGUAUGUGCGGUAUAUUGAG